AUGUCCUUUGUUAGAAGCUAAAAAGUACUUUAAGACGAAGGAUUUAAAAAUGGACAGUUCAUUAAUUAAAGUAUCUAGCAAUUGGUCGCAAAUUGGGGGAUGUACAUUUUCUGAGUCUGUUCAAGUACAUGCUGCAGAUCCGGAUUAUUUAUUAAGGCCCCAAUUAGAUGAGCUAGUAGACGAAGAAAAAUCCGUACUCUUAAGCAAAGGACAUUCUUCUGAAUACUGUGAAUUGUAUCUUGAAAUACUUCACCAUUAUAAAAUUCAGGCUGUGUCUUUUGUAUGUAAUGUAGCCAAGGUAGAGAUAUUUCAAGGUCCCAUAAAAGAAUAUUUGGAAACAAUUUAUGGAGUAACUGUGGAUGAAUCAGAUGAACAAUUUAAAAGCUAUCGAUAUGAUCUCGAAGUUGAAAAAUCAGGUGUAACCGAUUUAACAUUAAGGUUUUUAACAGAUUCCAGUGAUGUUUGUAUAUUUGGCAUUAUGUUACAUAAUGCCCCCAAUCCUAAUGGCGUAACAACGUUAUUACCGAAUACUAGUUGUAUAAAUAUUCAGAACGUUCAAAAUAUAUUACAAAAUUCAACAAAACCGGGUCCAACCUCAGAAAAGUGUAAACAAUUAUUAGAAAUUAUGACCCAAUCAAGUCAGUCUAAUUCGAUGACAUUGGAGCAGCUUAUGACACAGAAAAUGAACAUCGAACAUGCCAAACCUGACAAAAAAUCAACAGAUGAAGACAUUUUUAAUCAAUUAAAAUUACACAUUGAUGAACGUUUUCAGCAAAUGGAAAUGCGCAUAAAUAGACAUAUGGAAAAUAUGGAACAACGACAAAUGCAGAAAUUGGACAACAUAUUGAAUACUCUAGAAAAUAUUAACAAAUAAAAUUGUAGUAAUUGACUUUCAUAAUUUUUUU